CCACCACCACCACUACCACCAUCACCAUUACCACUACCGAAGAGUCUACUUGGCAUUGUGGACCGACGGUUUUCGCCUCUGGGGAAAAGGUUGGGGAUCUCCGUUAACUUCUGUCCCAUAAUACCAGGUUCCACAUCAACAUGAGUUGCUGGGAUCCCUCCUCCUUCCUUUCCCCUGCCCUGCGGUUGGCUGUCAUCAUGGCGAUACUCCUCCUCAAGGUUGACCCCUCAUGUGCUGGAACACCCCCCGAGCCAAGCGUGGAUGGCUCCGUUUCUGCGGUGUCUACCAACCGCAGCUUGUGUGGAGAGGCCGAGAUGUGCUCCAAAGGGGUAAUUCUCCCAGUGUGGGAGCCUCAGAAUCCGUCAUUUGGGGACAAAGUAGCCCGAGCAACAGUUUACUUCGUUGCCCUGGUUUACAUGUUCCUGGGAGUUUCAAUCAUUGCGGACCGCUUUAUGGCAUCAAUCGAGGUCAUCACCUCGCAGGAGAAGGAGAUCACCAUCAAGAAGCCCAAUGGGGAAACCACUACCACCACCGUCCGCAUUUGGAAUGAGACUGUUUCCAACCUCACUCUCAUGGCGUUGGGCUCCUCUGCACCAGAGAUCCUGCUCUCUGUCAUUGAGGUCAUUGGCCAUGGGUUUGAUGCUGGUGCCCUGGGCCCCUCCACCAUUGUGGGGUCUGCAGCCUUCAACAUGUUUGUCAUCAUUGGCAUCUGUGUCUAUGUCGUGCCGGACGGUGAGACAAGGAAGGUCAAGCACUUGCGUGUCUUCUUCGUCACGGCCACCUGGAGUAUCUUUGCUUACAUUUGGCUCUACCUGAUCCUAGCUGUGAUCUCACCAGGUGUGGUGCAGGUGUGGGAGGGACUUCUCACACUCUUCUUCUUCCCCAUCUGUGUGUUGUUUGCCUGGGUGGCCGAUCGGCGUCUGCUCUUCUACAAGUAUGUGUACAAGCGUUACCGGGCUGGCAAGCAGCGCGGCAUGAUCAUUGAGACGGAAGGAGAUCGGCCACUUCCCUCCAAGGUGGACAUCGAGAUGGAUGGGAAGAUGCUGAACUCUCAUGGUGUUGACUUCUUGGAUGGUCCUUUGGGCUUGGAGCUCGAUGAGAAGGAUCUUGAUGAGGAGGAGACCAGAAGAGACAUGGCCAAGAUCCUGAAGGAGCUCAAACAAAAACACCCUGAUAAAGAGGUGGAGCAGCUUAUAGAGCUAGCCAAUUACCAGGUCCUGAGCCAGCAGCAGAAGAGCCGGGCCUUUUACCGUUGCCAGGCAACACGGCUGAUGACGGGCGCGGGCAACAUUUUGAAGAAGCAUGCCGCCGACCAGGCACGCAAGGCAGUUAGUAUGCAUGAGGUCCGCUCCGACACCGGCGACAAUGACCCCAUCUCCAAAAUCUUCUUCGAUCCCGGCUCCUACCAGUGUUUAGAGAAUUGCGGCACUGUGGCAGUGAACGUGGUGCGCCGGGGGGGCGACCUGACCAAGACAGUUUCUGUAGAGUUCCGGACAGAGGAUGGCACAGCCAACGCCGGCUCGGACUACGAGUUCACUGAAGGCGUGGUAGUGUUCAAGCCCGGCGAGACAGUGAAGGAGAUCCGUGUGGGCAUUAUUGAUGACGACAUCUUUGAGGAGGAUGAGAACUUCCUGAUUCACCUGUCCAACGUCAAGGUGCUGGCAGCAGACGGGGAGGAGCCCGAGGAAGGCGACUCGGCCAAUCACGUGGACUCAGUAGCCUGCAUUGGCUUGCCCUCCACAGCGACGGUCACCAUCUUCGACGACGACCAUGCUGGUAUCUUUACGUUCGAGGAGCCCGUGUGCCAUGUGAGUGAGAGCGUGGGAAACAUGGAGGUAAAGGUGCUGAGGACGUCAGGAGCUCGAGGCGUUGUCAUGCUGCCCUACAAGACAGUGGAGGGGACGGCCAGAGGUGGCGGAGAAGACUUUGAGGACACGCAUGGCGUUCUGGAAUUCCAAAAUGAUGAGAUAUUUAAAACCAUCAAGGUGCGAAUCAUCGACGACGAGGAGUACGAGAAGAACAAAACGUUCUACCUGGAGAUCGGGGAGCCUCGCCUGGUGGAGACUAACGACAGCAAAGGAGAGGAGGAAGACGGCCAGAAAGGGAAGGAGGAGGAGGAAGAAGAGGCUCUUACUGGGAAAGAUGAGGAAGAGCGUCGCAUUGCCGAGAUGGGCCGUCCAAUGCUAGGAGACCACGUCAAGCUAGAGGUCAUCAUAGAGGAGUCCUAUGAGUUCAAGAACACUGUGGACAAGCUGAUAAAGAAGACCAACCUGGCCCUGCUGGUGGGAACCAACAGCUGGAGAGAUCAGUUCAUUGAGGCCAUCACUGUGAGCGCAGGUGAGGAUGAUGAUGAUGAAGAGUGUGGGGAAGAGAAGCUGCCCUCUUGUUUCGACUACGUCAUGCACUUUCUCACCGUGUUCUGGAAAGUCCUGUUCGCGUUCGUCCCGCCGACAGAUUACUGGAACGGCUGGGCCUGCUUCAUCGUUUCCAUCUGCAUGAUUGGACUGCUCACCGCCUUCAUCGGGGACUUGGCAUGUCAUUUCGGCUGCACUGUUGGACUGAAGGACUCAGUCACUGCAGUGGUGUUUGUUGCACUCGGAACCUCAGUACCAGACACAUUUGCCAGUAAGGUCGCUGCUAUCCAGGAUCAGUACGCAGAUGCCUCCAUCGGAAAUGUGACAGGCUCCAAUGCUGUCAAUGUGUUUCUCGGAAUUGGGGUGGCGUGGUCCAUCGCUGCCAUCUACCACAACAGCCAGGGCCGUGAGUUCCACGUGGACCCGGGCACGCUUGCCUUCUCCGUCACACUUUUCACCAUCUUCGCCUUCAUCUGUGUCGCCACACUGAUGUACCGACGGCGGCCGGAGAUUGGCGGAGAGCUGGGUGGGCCGCGGACUGCCAAGGCCCUGACCACCAUGCUGUUUGUCAGCCUCUGGCUCCUCUACAUCCUUUUCUCAUCACUGGAGGCCUACUGCCAUGUCAGGGGCUUCUAA